CUGAGACCAAAAAAAUCAAACUUCUUCUUCUUCUUCGUCUUCUUCUCAAUCAUAAACCCUAAAUCUUCAUCUCUUCUUAUAUAGAAGAAAUCAAUGCCCUUUCACAAGGAUUCUGUUGGGUUUCAUAUCUUUCACUAGUCUUCUCUGUUUUCAGAUUUCUUGAACCCAUUUCUUGAUUUAACGAUGUUACGAGAAUCAGACGGCGAGAUGAGUUUAGAAACAACAAACUCACCUAUCAGCAGCGGAACUGAGAGUUGCAGCAGUUUCAGCCGUUUAUCUUUCGACGCGCCGCCCUCAUCCACCGCUGUUAUCCCCGAAGAAGAAAGCUUUCUCUCUCUCAAACCACACCGAUCCUCUGAUUUCGCUUACUCUGAGAUCCGACGUCGCAAAAAAAACGGCCUUACCUUCCGAGAUUUUCGCCUCAUGCGUCGUAUCGGCGCCGGAGAUAUCGGCACCGUCUACUUAUGCCGUCUAGCUGGAGACGAAGAAGAGAGCCGGAGCUCUUAUUUCGCUAUGAAAGUUGUGGACAAAGAAGCGCUCGCGUUGAAGAAGAAGAUGCAUCGAGCGGAGAUGGAGAAAUCCAUUUUGAAAAUGCUCGACCAUCCUUUUUUGCCGACUCUUUACGCCGAGUUUGAAGCUUCGCAUUUCUCUUGCAUCGUCAUGGAGUAUUGCUCCGGCGGUGAUUUACACUCUCUCCGUCAUAAACAGCCUCACCGCAGAUUCACCCUUUCCUCCGCCAGAUUUUACGCAGCAGAAGUUCUAGUAGCGUUAGAAUAUCUACACAUGCUUGGUAUCAUCUACAGAGAUCUAAAGCCUGAAAAUAUCUUAGUUAGAUCGGACGGUCACAUUAUGCUCUCUGACUUCGACCUCUCCUUAUGCUCCGACUCUAUCGCCGCCGUUGAAUCUUCCUCAUCGUCGCCGGAGAAUCACCAGCUACGUUCGCCGCGGCGGCUCACUCGUCUCGCUAGGCUAUUCCACCGUGUCUUGCGGUCAAAAAAGGUUCAGACUUUAGAACCGAACCGUCUCUUUGUUGCUGAACCGGUUACAGCCCGGUCCGGUUCGUUCGUUGGUACGCAUGAGUACGUGGCGCCAGAGGUGGCUUCAGGUGGGUCGCAUGGUAAUGCCGUUGACUGGUGGGCCUUUGGAGUGUUCCUCUACGAGAUGAUAUACGGCAAAACUCCGUUCGUAGCGCCGACCAAUGACGUCAUCCUCCGUAACAUAGUGAAAAGACAGUUGAGUUUUCCGACAGAUUCGCCGGCGACGAUGUUCGAGCUCCACGCGAGGAGUUUGAUAUCCGGGUUGCUUAACAAAGACCCGACCAAACGACUCGGGUCAAAGCGAGGGGCGGCGGAGGUCAAAGUACAUCCUUUUUUCAAAGGUCUAAACUUUGCACUCAUUCGCACACUGACACCGCCGGAGAUUCCUUCAUCCGUCGUCAAGAGGCCGGUAAAAUCGGCGACGUUCGGUGGUAGAAGUAGUAACAAACCAGCGGCGUUCGAUUACUUUUGAUAUUUUGAACGGUUGAGAUUAGCGUCCACGUGGGUAGUCGGCUCAGGUCGGUGCCAGGUUCUUUGGUGACUGCCUUGUGACGAUAGCUGUUUUAGCUGUACAUAUUCCCUCGAAGCUGUCCUCUUUUUUUUUUUUUUUCCUUUUCCAGUCUUUAAAUUUUAAUAUUUUUGUUAAUCUGACUUAAUAUAUCCUUAGGUGACAUUUUCACGCGAUUUGUACAACAAACCUGAUUAGUCUGAACUCUGAACUACUAAUUAAUCAUC